AUGAGAGGCAGAUCUCCCUCUAGUCGGAGGAUUAGGGAUAGGGCUCCAUCUCGUGGCUCCAGCCCUAUUCUCAACUCCUCCGUUCCUUCGAAGCAGCCGGACAUAUCAACGGGGAAAUCUCAACACCAAAAACACAUUUUCGCCCCCAUCUACAACCUGGGUUCUUCCAUUUUCAUUGGCAAUCUCCCUUUUGAUUGCUCCAAGGAUGAUCUGACUGAGAUUUUUUGCAAAUACAGAAGGCUUCUUGAUGUGUUCAUCCCGACCUUCCCAGGGAUUAACAAGCCUAGAGGCUAUGCAUUUGUUCGCUUCAGAUACAAACAGGAUGCGAGGGCUGCCAUAGAGAUUCUCAAUGACGGCCGUAUUGAUGGGAGGAAGGUUUCAGUCAGAUGGGCAAAACCCAAAUCUCAACAUUUCCCCAAGUCCCAACAGCAACAGCGGCCGUCUACAACUUCCGAGAACCCUCGUCCUCCUUCCUAUGCUAUGACAGUCCUCUCCAAAUUCCAUCUACAUCAGGGUGAGGCUUUAGAUGACAUCAACACAGUUGCGGAUAUAUAA